AUGAUACGCGAAAGCGUCACUGAAGAGCCAGUAGAACAGGAGGCGGAGGAGGAAGAGUUGCUCCCGCUCGAGCUGGAAGAGCCGACGCUGCGCCCGGAGGAUAUUUCUCUUCCACGUCGACAUGCAGCCCUCCGUAGCUUCAAGGAACUUGGAAGUUGUGUCAUCCAUUGUGAAGCCCUCCAUUAUCGCACCUUCGACAGAGCCAUCUCUCCUUUCUACAGCUCGCUCUCCAUCACCGGUCCCAAUGAGAGCGGUGUCGCCACGUGA